CUGCCCCGCCGCCGGCCCGCGCCCCGCCCGCGCGGAGUCCCAGCCGAGCUCCGCCGAAUCCCCACGCAGCCGUCGAGAUGGGUGAGUCAAAUGAAGAUAUAGACCAAAUGUUCAGCAAUUUGCUGGGAGAGAUGGAUCUCCUGACCCAGAGUUUAGGAGUUGACACUCUUCCUCCUCCUGACCCCAAACCACCCAGAGCUGAAUUCAACUACAGUGUGGGUUUUAAGGAUUUAAAUGAGUCCUUAAAUGCGCUGGAAGACCAAGAUUUAGAUGCUCUCAUGGCAGAUCUGGUAGCAGACAUAAGUGAGGCCGAGCAGAGGACAAUCCAGGCACAGAAAGAGCCUUCUCAGAAUCAGAAUCAUCCAGCACCCCUGAACAUACCAGAUUUCAGCGGUGCAGCCGCUCUUGGUUACGGAGCAAAUGUUGCUGUAACUAGUGUUAGCCAGUAUGAGGAUGAUUUACCACCUCCGCCGGCUGAUCCCAUGUUAGACCUUCCACUGCCGCCACCACCUCCUGAACCUCUCUCUCAGGAAGAAGAAGCAGCCCUAGCCAAGGCUGAUAAAAUUAAGCUAGCAUUGGAAAAACUGAAGGAAGCCAAGGUCAAGAAGCUUGUUGUCAAGGUGCACAUGAAUGAUAACAGCACUAAAUCGUUGAUGGUGGAUGAGCGGCAAUCAGCCCGGGAUGUUCUAGACAACCUUUUUGACAAAACCCACUGUGACUGCAGUGUAGACUGGUGUCUUUAUGAAAUAUACCCAGAACUUCAAAUUGAAAGGAUUUUUGAAGACCAUGAAAAUGUUGUUGAAGUCUUAUCAGACUGGACAAGAGACACAGAAAAUAAAGUGCUAUUUUUGGAGAAAGAGGAAAAAUACGCUGUAUUUAAAAACCCCCAGAAUUUUUACUUGGAUAACAAAGGAAAAAAAGAAGGGAAGGAAACAAGUGAGAAAAUGAAUGCUAAGAACAAGGAAUCCUUACUUGAGGAAAGUUUCUGUGGAACAUCUGUCAUUGUGCCAGAACUUGAAGGAGCUCUUUAUCUGAAAGAAGACGGAAAGAAAUCCUGGAAAAGGCGCUAUUUUCUUUUACGGGCUUCUGGAAUUUAUUAUGUACCCAAAGGAAAGACUAAGACAUCUCGAGAUCUGGCAUGCUUUAUACAGUUUGAAAAUGUCAACAUUUACUAUGGGAUUCAGUGUAAAAUGAAAUACAAAGCACCGACUGACCACUGCUUUGUUUUAAAGCAUCCCCAAAUUCAGAAGGAGUCCCAGUAUAUCAAAUAUCUCUGCUGUGACGAUGCAAGAACCCUAAACCAGUGGGUCAUGGGAAUAAGGAUUGCCAAGUACGGGAAGACUCUCUAUGAUAACUAUCAGCGGGCUCUGGAGAGGGCCGGGCUCGCCUCUCGGACGAACCUGAGUACUGUCGGUGCAGUUCCACCACCCCCACCUGCUACAGGACCUAAAGCAGGCACCACCCAGGCCAACGGGCAGAUUCCCCAGGCUGCACAUUCUGUAAAUGCUGUUCUUGAAGAAGCCCAGAGGCAGGCAGAAACUACUAAGGACAAGAAGCCAGCUCUUGGUAACCAUGACCCAGGAACACCCAGGGCCCAUCACCUUCCAAAGUCCAGCCUGCCACCGCCCCCUCCCGUGCGAAGGUCUUCAGACGUCUGUGGCAGCCCAGCGACAGCCCCCAGGGCCAAGGGCAUGAGCAGCGGCUUCCCUGCGCCGCCGCCGCCCGACGACUCUCUGCCACCACCCCCGCCGCCACCGCCCCUGGAGGACGACGAGGAGCUCCCUCCGCCGCCCCCCGAUUUUAACGAAGGGCCCCCGGACUUCGUGCCUCCCCCACCGCCGUCGUUUGCAGGGGAUGCUGGGUUAUCAUUACCGCCCCCGCCCCCGCCCCCACCUGCACUCAACUCUCCCAAGCCGCCCCCCGUUGCCAGCAAAAGACCUCCGGCUCCCCCGAAGAGGAAAGAGAAUCCAGGACCAUCUGGUGGAGUAGGGAGCGGAGAGCAAGAUUUCAUGUCCGAUCUCAUGAAAGCUUUGCAAAAGAAAAGAGGCAACAUGUCCUAAGGGAAACAGAUAAAUAUGUUUGUGUGAUGGGUAUAAUCAUUUCUAACCUCAAGUACAUUUUUGCUACUUUAUCUUCAUGACACCUUAUUCAUUUUAGAUAAAAUAUUGACGCAUUCAGACUAGAAAUGGUGUAAAACGUCUCACUGCAGCGCAAAUAUGUUCAUAAUCAUUAACCUAUAACGGAAGCAAGAGUAUCUGCCUAAAUGUACAUACCUUUCCUAUGUGUUUGCACCUCCCUGAAUUCAUCUUCCCUUACAAAUUAACUGGAAUGUUUUAUGUUUAUUUUAUUGUGUUCAGAAGCAUCAAAUUAAUAAAAGUUUGAAAGUCUUCCUUGAGGAUGGUAUUUCUAGAAAUAUCAGUGUAUAAAUCUAGUGUGCUAUCAAUACCACAUUAUAUAUACUUGACCUUUAUAGCUUUGAAUUCUAACAUCUUGUUAAUUUUUGGUAUGUUUUCCAUCUCCACCUCCAUGACCUUCAGAAUUUUCUGAAAAAUCGAAUGAGGAAAAAAACAGGAGGCAGAAUGAAUUCGGUUUCUUUGAGACUCAUGUCCUGAUUGCCGGGAGUCCUGGACAUACACUGUUUGGGUUAGGGUUUUCCAAUGGUCAAAUAACAUAGUAAUGAAAAAAAUACAUAUUUAGAGUUUGGAGAUUGUCUGUUAUUACACUGCUAUGAGUAUCCUAUAGAUUAAGAUUUAGGGACAGGAAAAGGCAAUCAUUUAUAUUCUUUAACCUGGAAUGUUUUCUCCCCAGUAAAUCUGAUGCUCAAUUUUUUUUAAGUUUUUUUUAAUGUUUAUUUACUUUUGAAAGAAAGACAGAGCAUGAGCAGGAGAGGGACAGAGAGAGAGGGAGACAGAAUCUGAAGCAGGUUCCAGGCUCUGAGCUGUCAGCACAGAGCCCGACACGGGGCUCGAACUCACAAGCUGCGAGAUCAUGACCUGAGUCGAAGUCGGAUGCUCAACCUCCUGAGCCACCCAGGUGUCCCAAUGCUCAAUUUUAAUAGCCAAUUUAUCUUGAGUUCCUGUUACCCUAUAUCUCUUCUCUUUCAAAUCAUUUUAUGGGAGUUCUUUUAGAUUUUCUUCAUUUUAUUUCCAUAUUCUGUUUUAUUUUUCUUUUUAACUGUGGAACACCUCAAAAUCUUUUUUUUUAACUGAAGUAUAAUUAACACACAACGUUACAUUAGUUUCAGGUGUACAACACUGUGAUUCAACAACUAUGUUAUGCUAUGCUCACCAUAAGCUAUUACAGUAUCGUUGAUUAUAUUCCUUAUAUUGUGCCUUUUAUUCCUGUGACUUAUUCAUUCCAUAGCUGGAAGCCUGUAUCUCCCAUUCAUUCCCCUUCACCCAUUUUGCCCAGUCCCACAUCCUCUUCUCCUCUGACAACCAUCCGUUUUUCCUCCAUAUUUAAGGGUCUGUCUCUGCUUUUUAUUUGUUUAUUCAUCUUUUUUAGAUUUCACAUGAGUGAAAUGACAUGGUAUUUGUCUUUCUCUGACUUAUUCACUUAGCAUAAUAUCUUCUAGAUCUAUCCAUGUUGCUGCAAAUGGCAAGAUUUCAUUCUUUUUUUUUAAUACUUAUUGAUUUGGGGGAGCAUGCAAGCAGGUGUAGGCAGAGAGAGGGGGUUGGAGGAUCUGAAGCGGGCUCUGCACUGACAAGCUGACAGCAGAGAGCCCGACAGAGGGCUCAAAUAAACCAUGAGAUCAUGACCUGAGCUGAAGUUGGAUGCUCAACUGACUGAGCCACCCAGGUGCCCCCUCAUUCUUUUUUUAUAGUUGAGUCAUAUUCCAUUUUGUGUAUAUAGCACAUCUUUAUCCAUUCAUCUAUCAGUGGCCACUUAAGUUACUUCCAUAUCUUAGCUAUUGUAAAUAAUACUGCAAUAAAUAUAUCUUUUAGAAAUAGUGUUUUCUUUUCUUUUCUUUUAUAAAUAGCCAUUAAAGGAAUUGCUGGAUCAUAUGGUGUUUCUGUUUUUGUUUGAGGAAACUCCAUACUGUUUUCCACAGUGGCUGCACCAGUUUACCUUCUCACCAACAGUGCACAAGGAUUCCUUUUUCCCCACAUCUCAAAAUCUUUUUUUUUAAUUUUUUUUCUACAUUUAUAUAUUUUUGAGAAACAGAGUAAGACAAAGCUUGAGCUGGGGAAGGGCAGAGAGAGAAGGAGACACAGAAUCUGAAGCAGGCUCCAGGCUCUGAGCAAGCGGUCAGCACAGAGCCUGAUUCGGGGCUUGAACCCACGAACUGUGAGAUCAUUACCUGAGCCAAAGUCGGAUGCUCAACCGACUGAGCCACCCAGGCGCCCCUCAAAACCUUCUUAAAGUGGGUAUAAAAUAAAUAAUAAUGUUACUUUCUACUUAAGGAAGAUGAUUAAUCUUUUUUUAAGUUUUAUUUUUAUUUAUUUUGAGAGAGAGUGUGGAGGAGAGGCAGAGAAGGAGCGAGAGAAUCCCAAGCAGGCUCUGUACUCUCAGUGUGGAACCUAACUUGUGAGAUCAAGAGACCUGAGCCAAAAAUCAAGAGUUGGACACUUAACCAACUGAGCCACCCAGGUGCCCUGGAAGAUGAUUAAUCUUGUGUUUUAGCAUUUGGGUAGAAAAGUAAGCUCUAAACUGACAUUUAAAACAAAAAUGCAAAUUCAGAUUUUAAAACAAAAAUAUUUAAUAAUUAAAACUGAUAAAGUGCUCUACAUUUUUCCUAAGCAUGUCCGUAAAAUUGAAGAUAAAUGAUUUACAUUAAAUCUCUCCUCGGGGUGCCUGGGUGGCUCAGUCAGUUAAGCAUCCGACUUUGGCUCAGGUCAUGAUCUCAUGGUUCCUGAGUUCGAGCCCCGCGUGGGGCUCUGUGCUGUCAGCUCAGAGCCUGGGGCCUGCUUCAGCUUCUGUGGUUCCCUCUGUCUCUGCUCCUCCCCUACUCAUGUUCUGUCUCUCAAAAAUAAAUAAACUUAAAAAAAAAUUUUAAUAAAAAAAAAAAAAACCCUCAUGCACUGUACUCUUUUCUGUUUGUUUUUGUUUUAUGAUGAUCUUUUGAUAUCAGAUGCUGCAAAAACAUCUGGGGAAAUGACCUGGGGAAAGCCUGGUCAUUAUGCAGAUCUCUGGGACAAUACAAGAAAGGUGUUAAUGGCAUAAUUUUCUUAGAAAAUGAUUCUGAGCUCACAGGUAAAACAAUGUCUGUGGCUACACAGAAUUGUCCAGUUGCUUCAACCUGACAUAGAUUAAUGAACAAAUCCUGUGAUGUCCAGGACAAAAGAUCCUUCAUUAGAAUUAUCUGGAUCUGGGGCACCUGGAUGGCUCAGUCAGUUAGGCAUCUGACUUCAGCUCAGGUCAUGAUCUUGCGGUCCGUGAGUCCGAGCCCCACGUCGGGCUCUGUGCUGACAGCUCAGAGCCUGGAGCCUGCUUCGGAUUCUGUGUCUUUGUCUCUCACUGUCCAUCCCCUGGUUGCACUCUGUUUCUCAAAAAUAAACAUCAAAAAAAAAAAAUGAUCUGGAUCUUACUUACCUUGAUCAAAAUUACCGCCUAGUUUGCAGAGGAAGAAAUUCAUUGGGAUUUGAGGAGGAUAAUUUAGAAUUCAGUGCCUCUCCAAUCAAAAAAAUAAUAACCCCUUGCUGAUUUUAUUUCAGAGUAUAAAAACCUUGAUAGCAUCCCUCCCCCACCAUGUCUAGAGCAGGAAACAAGGACUCUCCAUCUCACAGCCACAGAAUCACCAAGAUGAAGGGACCCUGGAAAUGACCCACUACACUAACCAGGAUUCUGACUGUAUAUAACAAAACCACUGGAGCAAUCUUAAGCAGAAAGUAGGACUUGAUUACAGAACUCAGAGCAGAAUGCCAGUACCCAAGACUCCCUGUGUACAUAGACUGUAAGGCAGGGCCUGGGACUGGUCCCUGGAAGCUCAUAGUUCACCCUUCUGCUCAUUUCUGCCCCUGUCCACACGCUUGCCUUAUUGUCACUCUCUUUACAAACACCAUCAUUCUCUUUGUGUUGUCACUCCACUUUUCGGUUCUGAAGCCAGAAGACAGUCGGGCCUGACAAUAUGCUUAACCUAGAGCCAAGGGCUGAGUCAUAGCCUGGGUCUCCUAACUUCUAUCCGUACCGUACCUUUCCUUUACAGGGAAGAACUAUGAAAAUUCAAACAUUAAAAUGUUUGUGAGUUUUAGCAUCUGAUAAUACAUACAUAUAUAUAUAUAUAUAUAUACACAUAUGUAUGUAUGUAUUUUAGGAAAGCUAUUGAAGAUAAUUAACUGAUUUUGUGGGCAAAAUAUUGACAGUUUUACUCAAUGCAUUGUGUCGCUCCAUUCCUUGUUUGCCUGUGUGGUGGGCCCACUUUGAUCUCCACUGUAUGAGUAUCCAAAAAAGAAUCCAGUGUUAAGGUCUUUUCAGUCAGGAAUCUUAGAAAUCAGGGCUUCUUUUGCCUCAUCUCAGAGUAGAAGUUUGCUUUCAAGAGGCCCAGGUACCAAAUCAGGAGCUCUGUGCAGUUUUCACUCAAAUGGAACAGAAUCUCUGGUGUCUUGCAGAAGAAUCUUCACAAACACUACUUAUACAUGAGUCUACCUAGGUCAGCCUCAAAAAUGCACCAGAUUUGUUCCCUGUUUAUGAAAAGCUUAGCCACAGAUUUAGAUGUGAGGGAAGUACCAACAUUGGGGUGGAGACAGCAGGAGAAGAACUAUGGAAUUAAGACAGUAAUUCUAGGGGUGCCUGGGUGGCUCAGUCAGUGAAGUGUCCCACUCUUUUUUUUUUUUUAAGUUUAUUUCUUUUUAGAGAGCAUGAGCAGGGGAGGGGCAGAGAGAGUGAGAGAGAGUCCCAAGCAAGGAUUAUGACCAAGAGCCAAACCAAGUGUUGGACGCUUAACCUACAGAGCCACCAAGGCGCCCGGUAAGUGUCCCACCCUUGAUAUUGGCUCAGGUCAUGAUCUCACAGUCAUGGGAUCCAGCCCCAUGUCAGGCUCUGUGCUGGGUGCGGAGCCUGCAUGAGAUUCUCUCUCUCCUCCCCCUCCCCCUCCCCCACUUGUGUGCAUGCACACACUUUCUCUCUCUAAAAAACAAAAACAAAAACAAAACAGUAAUUCUUUAUCAUAAUUUAUAGCUACAGAAUUUCUUGCAUAAUAUUCCCAAUAGGACAAAGACUAGAAUACCUGCAAAGCAAAAUAAAACAAAACACAGGUUUGAUCAGGUUUACAAGAAACAAGAUUUAACCUGCCAGGAGACAGAAUCUCCUGCUUUCAGAAGGUCUCAAAGGGGAAAUGAACAUUUAAGCUUCUACUACGUGUUUUAGGUAUUUUAUUUAGUCAUAGAAACAAUGGCUGGUAUGAUAGUGAAAUUAUCACACACUGAUAACUGAACCUUUGAAGUGUGAGACUUUUUUUACGACUUAAUACACUGUCAGUUUUUAUAAAUGACCCCAUCUAUGUUUAAGUACAUGUUGGUUAGAACAAGCUUGCUAAGCAUGUGGCUCAAGUCUUCCACAGCCUAAUAUCUAGUCCGCUUGAUACAUCAAUUACUUGGAAGAAUGUUUUAAAUCCCUUUUGAUGAAGGUGGAUUUGUCAAUAGCUUUUAAUUGUUACAGUAAAUUCUGCUUAUAUAUUCUGACACUUUAUUAAGUGUAAACAAAAUUUAUUUGUAUAUUUUGUGAAUUAUGAAUUGAAUGCUAUAUCUCUAUGUAUUGUUUUCUGCUUGUUAUAUUCACACAGCUACACCAUCUCUUUUCAGUUACUUGCCUGAAAAAAUCUUUCUGUUCAUUUACUCCCAAACUUUUGACAUCAUUAUGUUCUAGCUUUGCCACUUGUAAAUGGCAUAUAAGGGGAUUUUGUGUUUGUAUGGAGUCCAGCAAAUAUUGUCUUUUAGCUGGAAAAUGUAUUUUUUAACUCUUAUUGUAAUUAUAUAUUUGUAAUUGUUUUUAAUAUCUUAUUUAUCUUAUUUUGUACUUUCUAUUUGGAUUUUUCUGUUUUUUUCUAUCUUUUCAUGUAAUUAAGGAUUUUUCUCUUACUCUGUUUUUUAAUCUUAUUAGAAAGCUGUACACUCUGUUUUUUCAGUGGCUACCUAUAAGUGACAGCAUCAUACUCAAUAAAGUCUAAACAACUUUAACCAGGACAAUACAAGACUUGAGAACACUUAAAUUUCAGACACACACAAUUAUUGUCCAAUAUUUGAGUUCCAUCUCAGGGUUUGUUUUUUUUCCCUAGAAUAUCUUUAUUACACCCUCAUUCUUGAAAGAUGGCUUCACUGGAUACAAAAUAACCUGUUGACGGUAAAUACUUUAGUAAAUACUAGACAACAGUGAGUUCUUUGAAAAGAUUGUCCCCCUAUCUUCUAGCUUCCACUGUUGCUGUUGAGAAGUUGGCUGUCAAGUUAUAUUUUCAUUUUGGUCAUCUUUUUCUUCCCUUCUGGAUGAUUUUAAGACUUUUCUUUGUUUUGGGUGGGUUUCUUUUUAUUUGAAUGCUUGGGAAUCUAUUAAGGCUCCUAAUUUUACAAAUAUGUGGAUUUCACUAAUCUGGAAAAUUCUCAUCUAUUUUGUUUUCAAAUAUUGCCUCUCCUUAUCCAAUUAUGGAACUCUAGUGAAAGUAUGUCAGGCUUUCUAACUAUUCUUCAUAUCUCUUAAUUUCAUAUGUUUUCCCUUUCCUUAUGUAUUCUAGAUAAACUAAUCAGAUCUUAAUUCCCACUAAUUCUCUGUUUAGCACAAUCUAAUCUGUGUGUAAGCUAUCUAUUGAGUUUUUAAAAUUUUUUCAAUGACUUAAAUUUUUAGAGCAGUUUUAGGUUCACAGCAAAGUUGAGCAGAAAGUAGAGGGAAUUCCCUUAUGGCCCCUGCCCUCCUGCACUUUUAACAUUCUGCAACAGAGUGCUACAUGUAUUACAAUUGAUGAAUUUCAUUGGCACAUCAUUAUCACGCAGAGUCCACAGUUUACCUUAGGGUUCACUCUUAGUGUUAACACCAUCUAUGGGUUUUCACAGAUGACAUGUAUCCACCUUUACAGUUCCAUACAGAAUAGCUUCACUGUCCUGAAAAUACCCUAUACUCCUCCUAUUUAUCAUCCUCUCCCCCAAAGCCCCUGGCCACCACUGAUCUUUUUACUGUCUCCAUUGUUUUGCCUUUUCCAGAAUGUUGUAAAGUUGGAAUCACAUAGUGCAUAGCCUUUUCAAUUAGCUUAUUUCAUGUAGUAAUAUGUACUUAAUUCCAUGUCUUUUCAUGGCUUGAUAGCCCAUUUCUUUUUAGUGCUGAAUAAUAUUCCAUUGCCUGGAUGUACCACAGUUUAUUUAUACAUUCACCAACUGAAGGGCAUCUUCGUGGCUACCAAGUUUUGACAAUCAUGAGUCAAGCUACUGUGUGAUGAAUUGCAUGGUAAAAGUCUGUUCAGUUUUGCAAGAAACUGCCAAAUUGUCUUCUAAGGUGGCUGUACCAUUUUGCAUUCCCACCAGCAAUGUAUGAGAUUUCUUGUGCUCUACAUCCUCACCAGCAUUUGGUGUCAUCCAUGUUCUGGAUUUGGGCCAUUCUAAUAGGGGUGUAGUAGUAAUUCAUUAUUGUUUUAAUAUGCAAUUCCCUAAUGACAUAUGAUAUUGGGCACAUUUUCAUAUGCUCGUUUGCCAUCUGUGUAUCUUCUUUGGUGUGGUGUCUGUUCAGAUCUGUUGCCCAUUUUUUAAUCUGGUUCAUUUUUUUAUGUUCAGUUUUAAGAAUUCUUUAUAUGUUACAUAUAAAGAAUUAUAUGUAAUUAUAUCUAUGUUUAUAUGCAGUUCUUUAUCAAAUGUGUCUUGUGCAAAUAUUUUCUCACAAUCUCUGACUUGUCUUCUUCUCUUGACACUAUCUUUCACAGAGCAGAAGUUUUUAAUUUUAAUGAAGUCUAUCUUAUCAGUUCUUUCAUGGAUCAUGCCAUUGUAUCUAAAAAGUCAUUGCUAAACCCAAGGUCCCCUAAAUUUUCUCCUAUGUCAUAUUCUAGAAAUUUUAUAGUUUUGCAUUUUAUUUUUAGGUCUAUGAUCCAUUUUGACUUAAUUUUUGUGAAAGAUGUAAGGUUCGUGUCUAGAUUUUGCUUUCACAUGUGAUACCCAGUUGUU